UUUUUUUUUUUUUUUUUUUUGACAUCCAUUUCUUUGGAACAAAGCUGGAGGUUGUCGCUCCAGCAGGGACUGAAGCAGCUGUCAGAGAGGUGGGAACUUGACUAGGGAGGAGGAUCUCUGUAUUAUGGGAUGUGUGGUGGGUGUCUGAAUAAAAUGCCCUCCAUACAUCAAAAAGGAGUGGCCCUUUUGAGCGUUGAUGCCUUUUUGGAGUAGGUGUGGCUUUGUUAGAGGAAGCAGGUCACUAGUGGGUGGGCUUUGAGGUAUCAGAAGAUCAAAGCCAGGCCUAGUGGCUCACAGUGACAUCCUGCAGCCUGCUGAUCUGGAUGUAGAAGGCUUAGCACCAUGGCUGCCUGCACACUGCCAUGAUUCCUGCCAGGAUGAUAAUGGACUUUAAACCUUUGAAAGUGUAAGCCAGCUCCACUUUUUUCUUUAUAGGAAGUGCCAUGGUCCUGGUGUCUCUUCACAGCAAUAGAAACCCUAACUAGGACAGGUGGUCACCGCUGAUCUCAGGCCUGCUUAGCCACCAUAGCCUGUAACCUAGCCACCUUCACUACUCAAGUGGACACCACCACUACAGAGAGUUGUUUGAGGGUUGUGACGGUAAGGUGGUCACCAUGCCAGAAGAUAUCCCUAGACCCUUGCUGCUGUGCUGGGGAGGUAGCAGAAAAGCGGACUAUUAGCAGGGCAGACUCCUGACGUAGGCGGUGCAGGUAUAUCUUCUUUGCAAGGACUGUGGCCUUUUCCUCCAUCCAGGGAAGUCGUGUCCUAGAGAUACCACAGCCCCCUCACUAUGGUCUCCUUUGAGCUGACUUUCCAUUAUUUAUUUUGAGGUAGAGCACCAUGUAGCCCAGGUUGGCCUUAAACCCCUGACCUCCUAUCAGUAGCCUUCUCAGUGCUGAGAUCACAACGGUGUGGUUUUAAAACUGUUUAAACAUUGAUUUGAUUGAUGGAUGGACGGAUAGCUUCUGUGUGUGAGCAUGCUCCUGCCGUUAUCCACAUGUGGAGGUCACAGGACAGCUUGGGAGAGACUGUUUUCUCCUACCGUGUCAGUUUCCAGAGACUGGAAUCAAGUCCUCAGGCUUGGUGGCAAAGACCUUUCUCCAUUGAGCACAGUUUUUGAAUUUUUCUUCUUAUUUUUUUUAUUCAUCUGUUCAUAUGUGUGUGUGUACAUGGCAUGCCACUGCACCUCACAAGUGCUUAGGUUAUAGGCAUGUGUUACCAUGUCCAGCAAGAUCAGGCUGUUCUUUCCUGCUAGUCUUUUGUCCUGGGAUCAGCUGAGGCUGGGCCCAGACCACAGAGAGUCAAGGCAAAUCAUAAACAGAUGAUGUCAUGUCAAUGUGAUGGGUGCAGUGAUGUCAUAAACAGGUGAUGUCAUGUCAGUGUGAUGGGUAGUGACAUCAUAAACACGUGAUGUCAUCUCAGUGUGAUGGGUACAGUGACGUCAUAAACAGGUGAUGUCAUGUCAGUGUGAUGGGUACAGGGGCAGAAGCCCUAGGGAGAGUGUCCCAGGAAACCGUGAACAUCUGGCCGGGGGGUUGGCUGCUGAGGAGCAGCACAAGGGAAAGCACGGUUGUGUCCCAAGUGCACGCAAACCCAAAAGUGGGGAGCAGGGGCAGCUCUGAGCUCAGCUGAGUGCCAUGCUCACCACACCUGUGAGUGACAUCUCAGCUGAUUCUCCUGACAGCCCAAGGCUCUCCUUGGCAGGGCACUGGCGUUUUCCAAAUGCGCCAGCAUCUGUUUAGGUUCUUGUCCUCAAUCUGUUCCUGGUACAAUUAUCCCAGGGUAAAUGCCACCUGCUCAUAUGUGUCACCGGUGUAAUCCCUCUUAGGUGUUCACCUCCCACGGCCCCACGGUGAUCAUGCCUACCUGGUUCUGCUCUCGGGCCUGGUUCUCCCACGUGGGCCCAUUUGAUGAAGGAGGCCAGGGUGUUCCAGAGGAUCUGCUGUUCUUCUAUGAGCACCUCAGGAAGGGCGGUGGCGUCUUCCGGGUGGACCACAGCCUGCUACUCUACCGAUACCACCUGUAUGCAGCCACACAUUCGGUCCUUGAGAUGACCAUCUGGACGCACCGUGUCCACUUCCUAGAGGAACAAGUCCUACCUCACUGGAAGUCCUUCACCAUCUGGAAUGCAGGCAAGCAGGGGCGUAAGUUAUACCGCAGCCUGACUGCAGCCAGCCGGCACAAGGUGGUGGCCUUCUGUGACGUUGAUGAGAACAAGAUCAGGAAGGGCUUCUACUGCUACGAAGACUCACAGGAAAGACCCAAGCCAAAGGUCCCCAUCCUGCAUUUCCAAGCUGCCCAGUCUCCCUUUGUCAUCUGUGUGAAGCUGGACCUCACAGGAGGUGAGUUUGAAGACAACUUGAAGUCGCUGGACUUGCAGGAAGGCCGGGACUUCGUCCAUUUCAGCUGAGGCUGCUGCCUAGACAAGACAUCUAAGCCUGUCUCACACAUGGCCUCGUCAGCUGAUCUCAGCCAGGCUUUCUUCUGCUCCCAAGAGAAAAUGCUGAGCUUAGGAAAGAGGUGUUUGAGACUGGAAUGAAGUGUGAACCAGGCCGCAGGCCCCUAGAAGUCCCUGCCACCAGGGCAGCACAGCAAACCUGCAGACCCAGGCCUGGAAAGUGGCUCCCAGUAAAGGCAGCAGCCUGUGUGCUUUCAAGUCUGGCUAUUACACUGAGGGGACACAUACUACCAUGACUUGGCUUGAGGCCCUGGCCACUUCACUGUGAGCUGUUACCUUGAAUUCUGCCCAUCUGCAACAGCUUAAUGAGCCUCAGGCAUCAGAUACAAAGAGGCAGAGGAGGCAGACAUGGGACUCCCACAGCAGGACAGGUAGGCAUGCAGGCCCUGGGACCAGAGGUGCCAUUCAUAUGCCCACAGGGAUGCUGGCUUCUGAUGAUCUCUCAGACUGUUGUAGCAUUGUUGGUGUCUUGGCUGGCCGAGCACGUGGGAGCUGCCUGUCACUUCAUCUGCCCAGCACUUCAGACUACACCAGGGUCUGAAACGCCCCUCAUGCUACAGGAAUCACACAGCAAAGCACUGAAGGGGAGAGAGCCACAGCAGAUCCUCCAGCUCCUUGUGCACGGACGUCCCAGAGAUAGGCAGAGGCUGGGCUGUGUGAUACAUGAUUUAAUGAGAAGCACGUCUGUGACAGCAAACGUAUGGGCAGUCCCGGCCACCAGAGCAAAGCACGCAUGAGGAAUUACUGCUCUCCAGGGAUGGCCUCCCAAUGAAGGUGCUACCUUCCUCAGAUGUCUGUGGCACCAAGUUUCCAUGAUGGUAAAGCUUGUUGUGGAGCCUCAGGGCGAGACAUCCCAGCUAGGUAGGCAAGGCUCAGCUUCCUGGAAUAGGCUGUAAAGAGACAUGGCAACAUCAGGCUGGUUGCUACCUCACCCUCUCUUGAUAGAUGGCUAAAGCCUGCCAUGUCCCAGAAUCCUGGCAGCUUGAAUUGUGUAGUAAUAGCUCUGUGGCCUUGUCAGAGUACAUUAAUAAACUGUUUGCAUAUGUUUAAACUUUUCUAACAAUGUAAAGGGCAGAGUUCACCUUGCAUAAGGGACCAAGACUCCACCAUGGCCCCAUCUCUUGUCACCACUCCUAGAGCAACACCUGUGUAUCUCUCAUAUGGCUCCUGCAGGGGGAAGCCCUGGGAAGACUUGGGCACACAGAGAGGAAAAAACAAAACCUCUUACAACAUGACACAGACAUGACAGGAGCUCAGGCACAGAGCUGACAAGAGCAAGUUAAGAAGCUGACCAGUGAGACCAUGCCUGCUAAAUUCCAAGACCUCAGGGUUAGAACAAGCCAGUUUCAGACAGGGCUCUGCAGCUGGAGGUCAUGGCCAGGGAUAACGUAAUGUGUCAAGAAAGAGUGCUGGCCCCAGGGUAAUCAGGGACAGAAGAACAGAGCUGUGAAACAAGUUAACAGGGUAGGAAAUGAAAUUCAGAUAAGGGGGAAAGAAACAUUAAACAGGAAGGUCAAAUAGGAAACAAAGAUGAUGGAUGUAAACUUGUCUGUAAUUAUGCAGUAAACAUGAAUUCAUGAAACACUAAUUAAUAAAGAUUUAAAAUGAUAUUAAGGCACAA